AACCUCCUCCUUCCCCCCAAACCACGACACGACCGCCGCAACCAUGGCUCUGAGCGAGGACCAGAUCAAGAUCAUCGCGGAGAACCCACUCGAUGAGGCAUUGAAGGACGUUCGCGUUAAACUGCGCGAUUGCGCCGAUGUGCUGAAGGGCGGCAUUGUAGCAAACCUCUUGGGUGCACUUGUCACUUCUUCAGCAGCAUUCAACCUACCUGCACCAGACAGAAGCGGUAAUGUUGCCGGAAAGCUAUUCACCAUACAGCAGAGUGUCCGCGGAGGCUCACUCAAGCUUGAACAAUUCAGACCACUCAUUGACAUUGUCGUUGCCACCUCUCUCGACACCGAAGUCUGGGUAGUCGUCAUCGACCUCAUCGAAGCCGUCAAGCCGUCGACGCCCCCGCCUUCCAGCAUCAUACCCGCGUUUUUCGGAACGCCAGCAAAAACGAGCUCCAGCCGACUGGAUGACAGCGAGACCCGUGACAUUGUCGAACGCGAGCUUUUUUUUGAAAUAAAAGACUACAUGCACCGAGGAGUGCCGGGGUUUUUCGAGAAGCACUUCGACUCGGCAACACGGGACGAGAAACAUCGACAAAUGCUCAAGUUGACUCUGGCAAAUCACGACGGCUCGCAUUGGAAGGGCUUCCCAACCGAUCCAUGGGAGAAGCCCGUCUGGGAGUGGCUGGUUGCGCUGGAGGAGAGCUCCUUGACAGGCGCGCCGUAUACGCUGCAUGCAACCAGAACUGCUACCGAGUUCAAAGAGCGCAAAGGCCAGAUGGACGUGUUCUUUCAGAGGACCAAGAGCGGGAACCGUCGAUCCACGUUCAAAGAUGUUCUUGUCGUGGGUGAACAUAAACGGUCUUCCAAUUCAUCCGACUUCAAGGCGUGCCUGUUGCAGCUCACGAGGCAUGUCGUGAGGGUGUGCCAGACGUGCACGAUCCAGGGCUUCUCCGCCAUGCUCGACGCGACUGCCACUGCUGCCACUCCCAGCACUAGCGGCGGCGAGGGCCGGCCGUUCCGGUUCGUUUAUGUCAGCGGCAUGGGCGCGGAGCCGGACCAGACGUUUGUCGGCCCAGCAUACAGCGGAGCUCCAAAUGCCGUCCUACGGAGCCCGGAAGCACGGCUGUGCGAAGACCUGUCUAGCGGUACUUCAACGCAGCUGCACGACGAGCAUAGCAUGGCCAUUGCCGGCACAGAGACCACGGUGGGAUCAAGCCUGCUCAACAUCAACGGUGGAAACCGACUCCUUUACCCGUCUCCAGGCGAGCUCGUCAACAAACAUGUCCCGAAACACGAUCGAAAACAAGUCAAACGGCGCCAGCGUGGGUCCGCAGGCUCGAAGAAAGCGCGCAACAGAGGUGUCAAUGCUCAGAAAGCCAUCUGUGACAGCUGCGAGAGAGAAUCUGGUUCAAGGAGUGAGCUCACACACGCGUCAGACGGGAUGCGAAGCCGAAUCCUCGCACGGAAAUUAGAAAGCAAGACGUGA